CGUACACACGUGAACAUAGUAACACAUUUCACACUUAAUUACCGGUGGUCUGCUAGACAGGGCGUGUUCUCGCAAGAAAAUUAACUACGAUUCAAGAACAAGAUAAACUUUUGUUGGAAGGAAAAUGGCACAGGCAGAUCCUAUGAAAUGGUCUCUUCCGGGGUGGAGGAUUGAGCAGAAAUAUGCCAACGGAGUUCUGAUUGGAAAUUGGAACGAAGCAAGAAAAACGUGGAAAAGGGGACAAACAGGGGUAAACUCAACUCACAGAAUGGAUUUUGUGAAAUAUCCUAACUACAAACCUGACGUCAUGACGAGACGAGCAGCCAUGAUGAGAAGUGAUGGUCUUGACAAUAAACUUCUCUUUGAACAUCAUAACAACGACUUCUCUAGUAAUCUCAUCUCGUGGUACGAUGAGCAAUUCAACAAACGAGAGCGGACAGGAAGAGAUACGCUUCCUGAACAAAGAUCUUGGGAUUCGCAUAAACUGGCGUGGGAACCUGAGAAAUCUGAUCAUCCCAUACAUAGUGCACCAACAAACUUCGGCCUCCGAGACAAGCUGAAUGCAAAAUGGCAAAAGGAGCAAAUGCAGUCGGGUAUGGGCGAGUACCGCACAACAUACGGACAGUCUUACAUCCCCCAAGCAUCCGACGCACUUGUGAAGAAUCAUUAUGCACCACCGAGGGCGCUAUCAACAAGGCUUCACCGAGCCAACCUAAUUAAUAAAGACCUUAGUCUAAGGAGCGUUAACGUUUUACAAACACCUCAAGAGCUGGGGCUACCAACACGGACUGAGCCAGCCACUAGGAGUGCAGGUGGUCCAACGCAAGUGUCCAUGUAAAGAGAAAUUAUAUUUUAUUAUUAUCGUGAGACCCAGCAGUAAUAAAUUAACACCAGAAUGGGGCCUUUCUCAAAUCUCGGCUUGGGCCCCGGCUCAGGCUUAUGCUCUGCGAGCUGCGUACGCAUUGGAAAUGCAUCUCGGCCUGUAACCUACGUUUUUUGGAGCAGUGCGUUUAGCACGCGGUAGUUCAGCAGCUGGUGCCAGAGCCCAAGCCGAGGUUUGAGGCCCCUGGAAUUUCAUCUUGGAUAUCAGUCAGUGCCUUUUCUCAAGUAAAAAGUGUUUGCAUAUGUCUGACAAUGUCUAAGGUAGUACUUGUAAAGGGGCACCAGACCAAGGCCAUGGUCUGUAUGGCUAGGUUCGAUAUCUAUAGAGAUUGCUUAACCAUUUUUUUCUAAGCAAAAUGAGCAGGAAACCAGUCACAGAUGGUACAUACAUGUAUACACCAUUGUAGUUUACCUGGUAAUCAUAUUCUGGUAAGCACAUUUUGUGUUGUGCUCACAAGUAGCUCUAAGAUAGUGGACCCAGCCCAAACUGAAGUUCCAGUCUGAUGUUAAGACCAACAAUGGUCAAGAAAUUCAGCAUUGAUAUCAUCAGCUUAAUCUUCCCACCAAGUAGUGUCAUCCACUUACAUCAUGUCUUAAAGUUUGCUCACCAAACUGUGAAAUCUUUUACAAAGUUAUUGCAUAUUAAAUAAUCAUGGACAAAUACUCUGAAAGAACUUAAUCUGAUAAAACAAACUGUCUUUUAAAUACUAUAGCAAAAUGAUAGUUUAUUCAUAAAUAAUCUUAACCGCAACAAUUAUGUUCUCCUAUUACAAAAGCUUUAUCAAUAAUUUUGAACUUCUUUAAACAGGUACCAGUCAAUACUUCCAUAUUUUUUUAGAUUUUCAAAUUAUAUAAAGUUUCCCAUUAUGAAAUUUACUAUAAAAUGUUAAACUUUACCUAAAGUAAAAUUCACUAUUAUUGUUUUUUUUUGAAAAUGAGGCCUGGUUUUUCCAAUCAUGACAUAAAAUUUGCAAUAAUUUGUUAUGACAUAAAUAACAUGAAGUACCUGACCAUUGUCAGCAAUUUCCAAACCAGUUUUGAACCAUGUGUUCUAAGGGUUUUAGUACAAAAAACAUUUUUCAUUUUGUCUGUUCCGUGCACACAGGCAGUAGCGUUCAUUUUCUCAGUCAAUUAUUAGCUUGAUGUUUCAUCGUUAUACUAAUUAUAUUUAUUAUGGCGCAAUGUGGUAAUGUUUCUUAUCUUCCAUUCAUUUAAUAUGCAAUCAAAGUGAGGCUUUAGAGAACAAAUAGUCGGACACCAUUCUGUAUAAUAGAUUCUAGUAUUCAACAGUGGUAAAGGAAGAUAGGGAAUCAUACUUAGUAGAAUUGUAGCAAAAUAGUUCAUUAAUCAUGCUAUCAUACAUUUUAAAAAGUAUUUUUGAGAAUCAACAUUGAACUACUGUAUUAUUCUAAGGUUAUUUUGGCUGCCUUCCUGAUGUUUUGUGUGUGGGUUAUUGUUUAAUGUUUGCUUGCCGAAUGCAAUGGUGUGUACUUCCAAUUAUUUAUGCAGUAAUGGUUGCAUUUUUUAACCAGUUGUAAAUAUUUGUAAAUAUAUAAAUAAACAACAAUAUGAACAAAGACAUUCUCUUUCAUACAUUGUUUCUGUGUUACAGUCUCACCAAAAAUCAGAAAAUAAUUUGUUACAAAGAAUAAUAUAAUUUUGCAAUAUAACACCCCCCCCCCAAUUAAAAAUUGAUUUGUCAUUUUCGCUCGGUGGUAUAAAAAAGAAAUGCAUUUUCUGACGUAGGAAAGCAGGAAGAAAGACGAUGUGUCAGGGCCGAGUGGUUAAGAGCAUCGAAUUCAAGUUCUGGUGGUUAAGUCACCGAUGUGUGGGUUCAAUCCCCGUACGUAGUGACACAGGUCUCCUUGAGCAAGAUGCGUUACUAUAAUUACCUCUCUUCACCCACAGGUAUUAAUGGGUACCUGCAAGGGUAGAGACUGAUAUUGUAAAUGAAAAAGCCUUCGGAGCGCCACCACA